AUGCAACAGAAAGCCUUCGAGGAAAGCAGAUACCCCUGGCAGGAGUCCUUCGAGAAUGUCGCUGUGUGCCUGCCCUUCCGUUGCCCGCGGUGUGGGGACCAUACCAGAUUUAGAAGCCUGUCCUCCUUGAGGGCCCAUCUGGAAUUUAGUCACAGCUACCAGGAGAGAAGCCUCUUGACAAAAUGCAGCCUCUUUCCAUCCCUCAAAGACACAGGCCUGGUCACUUCCUCCGAACCCCCGAAACAGGGAAGACUGCAGAGCUGUGGCAACAUAGUAAAGCAGAAACCGAGCUAUGUGAACUUGUAUAGUAUUUCGCACGAACACUCCAAGGACAGGAAGCCAUUCGAGAUGGUGGCAGAGAGGCCUGUGUCCUACGUGCAGACCUACGCUACAGUAGACCUGCGUGCAGACUCGCCAGAGGCACCAAGGGCCAGCCCAGGCCUUCCUGCCCCAGACACCAAAGCAGCUUUCGAGGCACAUGUCAGAGAAAAGUUCAGUCGGAUGGUCGAGGCUGUGGACAGGACCAUAGAGAAGAGGAUUGAUAAACUCACCAAAGAGCUGGCCCAGAAAACUGCUGAACUGUUGGAAGUUCGGGCGGCAUUUGUGCAACUGACGCAGAAGAAGCAGGAAGUUCAGAGACGAGAGCGGGCGCUGAACAGACAGGUGGAUGUGGCCGUGGAGAUGAUCGCAGCCCUGAGGCAACGCCUGACGGAAUCCGAAGAGGAGCUUCUCAGGAAAGAAGAAGAGGUGGUUACGUUCAACCAUUUCCUGGAAACAGCAGCUGAGAAGGAGGUUCAAGGAAAAGCUCGGCUCCAGGACUUCAUAGAGAAUCUGCUGCACCGGGUCGAGCUAGCGGAAAAGCAGCUGGAGUACUAUCACAGCCAGCAGGGGGCCGGCCUCUGCGGGGACUCCCGUGAGCACGCGCUUACAGAUAUCUCCUCAAAUAGGAAGCCCAAAUGCCUAAGCCGAGGGCACCUGCAUUCUGUGUGUAACCACCCUGAUCUCAAGACCCAUUUCCAUCCAAAGGGAAGGAUGAAAAAAGCCAAGGAUGACAGAGCCAGCAUGCAGCCUGCUAAGGCCCUGCAUGAGCAGUCCGAGUCGCCAAGGGAACUCUGCAGACCAGCAAAGAAAGGGGAGCCUCUGGGGUUUGGCCGGAAAGGCAACAUCAGACCCAAAAUGGCCAAGAAAAAGCCAACAGCCAUUGUGAACAUCAUCUAA